CGAAUCUAUUGGUUGGAAUCGGUGGGUAGACAAGACACGUCCGUAGCAGAUUAUUCCACUCCCAUGUGUUCCCUUGAUGAACAAUUGAACAUCGAUGCCAACAACAACAACAAAAGAAAAAUCUCCAGUUCCAUCUUUUGAACCUUCUAUCAAUAUAAAGCCCAAUUCAAUUGCCGUCAUCUCUCUCUCUCUCUCUCUCUCUCUCUGGAAGCUCCAGCUCGAUUUCUUAUCAUCCGCCAUGGCCUCGCAAGCUUGUCUUCUUCUUCAGAAACAGCUCAAAGAUCUUUGCAAGCAUCCGGUCGAUGGAUUCUCUGCUGGUUUGGUUGAUGAGAAGAAUAUAUUCGAAUGGAGCGUAACGAUUAUCGGACCUCCUGAUACUCUCUAUGAAGGAGGAUUCUUCAACGCCAUUAUGUCUUUCCCACAAAACUACCCUAAUAGCCCACCCACGGUCCGGUUUACUUCAGAUAUUUGGCAUCCUAAUGUAUAUACUGAUGGCCGUGUUUGCAUAUCUAUUCUACAUCCUCCUGGUGAUGAUCCAAGCGGAUAUGAGCUUGCAAGCGAGCGCUGGACGCCUGUUCACACAGUUGAGAGUAUCAUGUUGAGUAUCAUAUCUAUGCUUUCUGGUCCCAACGAUGAAUCUCCAGCAAACGUUGAAGCUGCCAAAGAAUGGAGAGAGAAGAGAGACGAGUUCAAGAAGAAAGUGAGCCGUUGUGUCAGAAAGUCUCAAGAAAUGUUGUGAUCAAAGCACUUUCACACUUCAACUCCAACUUCUCUGGAGUUCAAAGCUCAUUUAUCUUAUGGAAACCCCUUUGAAAAAAGUUGUCCAAACACCACUUGUAAUAAACUUGUCUUGCAUCUUUAAUCGCGUUCCAGAACGUGAAUGAAGUGUUUGGUCGAAAAAAGUGUUAUUCAGAAACUGACAUUCAAAUUUAUACUAUUCAUACGUUUUGGUUUGUUGAAG